GUUCUAUGCGGUGAAGAGGUGCAUCUGAGCUACAUUGAGCGAUUUUUGUGCAAAGUGCAUUUCUUGUGAGAUCUUGAGAAGCAUAAAACAUAAAGACAAUCAUGAAUCAAGUUGUUGUGAGUGUAUUGCUGGCGCUUUUGGCGCCACAAGUGUUGGCCGUUUCGUUUUGCCCGAACCGGUGCGUGUGUGAUGAUGUGAAGCUGCACGUGACUUGCAGCGAAGGAGAACUGGACGUGUUACCGAUCGCGCUGAAUCCGGCGAUUCAGCGUCUAGUGAUCAAGUUCAAUCGGAUUAAGGCGAUUGAUUCGUCGAUCCAGUUUUACACCGACCUAACCAUGCUGGAUCUCAGCUACAACCACAUGUUGGGAGUACCGGAACGGAUAUUCAUGUAUCAGAAGCAACUGCUGCAGCUGCAUUUGAACAACAACAAAAUUGGCGCCGUCAGCAACAAAACCUUCCAUGGACUAACCGAGCUGCGUGUGCUGAAUCUGCGCGGUAAUUUCAUCAAUGAACUUACGGUGGAGAUGUUCAAGUCCCUUCCCGCUCUGGAAGAAUUGAACCUGGGCCAGAAUCGCAUCGAAAAGUUACACCCGAAUGCGUUCGAAGGUCUGAGUAGUUUGAGAAUUCUGCAUCUGGACGACAACGCGAUCAAUGUGAUCCCUACUCCAUCCUUCCGCCCGCUUAACUUGUUGGCGGAGUUGUUUCUUGGCACAAACACCCUAAGCCAAAUUCAACCUGGAGCAUUUGAGGGACUGCAACAGCUAAGGCGCCUAGAUGUUCGUGGAUCGAUGCUGAUCAACGUGACAAUCGAUACCUUUCGUGGUUUGGAGCACAUUCGAUCGUUAGACAUCUCGGACAAUCAUCUGCUCGCGGUUCCCACGAUUCAGUUGAGUGGACUGAAACGUUUGGAGGAGCUCAAGAUCGGACAGAACGACUUCGAGAUCAUUCCGGAAGGUGCAUUUUAUGGAUUAUCGAAUCUCCGGAAGAUCGACAUCUCCGGUGCGUUGAAUCUCAAGCGCAUUCAGGCUGGCGCUUUCUCCGCCAACACCAAUCUGGACUCCAUCACCAUCGCUUCCAAUAAGAUCCUGACCGACAUCGAGGAGGGAGCUUUCGCUGGAUUACCACACAUCGAGAAUGUCAUCCUGCGCGACAAUGCGAUCAGAAGCGUUCGCGAAGAGUUGCUCCCUUGGAAGCAGCUGCGCAACUUCGAUCUUUCGGAAAAUCCCCUGGUGUGCAACUGUCAUCUUCAAUGGUUGAGAAACAUGCUGCGCCAGAAGCCGGUCGAGGCAGAGCAGAACCAUGUCACCUGCGAAUACCCGGAACGACUGAAUGGGGAAGCUCUCCGUGAUAUCAGCCCGGAACUGCUCGGCUGCCAUCAAAAUCAAUCCAAGGAGCGUGCCGUCUUUGGAGCAGUUCUGGUCGCUUCGGCUGCUUCCCUCACCACUUUUGUGCUUGUAGUCUACCGGCUGCGCCAUCGCCUCGUCGACAUGUUAGGACCGAACUGGCACAACCACCGCAACACGCUCCGAGAGGAGAAGGAUCCCGAAUUUGGCAAAUGCUUCGAUGAGAUUGAAUACUGUCAACCAAGCCUCAACAUCUACAGCUAUCAGUAUCAUCAUUCGUACCCACAGCGGCCCGUCCCGUGUCCGCCACAAAGUGUCCAGGACCAUAUCUACGAGAUGCCCAUCCCUGUGUCAGAUCUGUGAAAAGCUGCUACAAAUAAGGGACCAUUGGGUCCACAUGGGAUCGACUAAAGAACGCGCGCUAUUUGCGCGCACAUCGGGAAGCAGCCUUCAAUCAUGGGACAACGUCAAAUUGCCUGCCUAACCUGCAGGAAUGGCCUCGGGGUAUUCGAAGGCCACACUCCCUACUGUGCAUGCAUGCUGCAGAAGCAGUAAUUUAAUAUGGCCGAUAGGGCAAAAAGAGUAGAAUCGUAACUCCAAUUUGAAUAUUGUUGUUUUUCCCCCCGCUCAAACGGCACCACUUCGCAUGGGUCGUCGUGUAUGUAAGUGCCCUCGAAAAAACAAAAAAAAACAAAAAGGGACGAAAGAGCAAAACAAGACAAAAUA